UUCUCAUCGUGCAGCAAACACAUACUGCACAUGUAGGGUGUAAAGACUGCACACAUAGGGUGGAAAAAAAGGUUACCUUUCGUGUACUUAAUACAGUGCUGAAAAUUUAAUAGUGACCUUAACCACAGUUGUGCAUCGAUCCUGCGACGUUUUGUGCAAAUAUUCAUGAGAUUCGUAUCGUCAUCCGCAACACAAUAUAACGUGCAUGAUAUACUUAUUCUGUAUCUUGAACCUGCUGCAAUAACCUAAAUCAGCGGGGUCACCUAUUUGGAUUACUGAAGGACACACCUCUGCCAUUUCGCAAUCAUGUUAAGCUCUUCGAGCAGCCGGUUUUCCCUUGAAUUACUGAGCAGCAACAUGGACGACUACACAUUCCAGCGGAAGGGCUCUCAGGGACAAGCGCUAACCAGAAAAGAGAUGUGGAAAAGAAGAUUAAGGGUCAAUCGGAGUUUGAUUCCACUGAAAGUUUUGCUCUUCCUUAUGUUCGGAGCUAUGACAGCGUUGUAUCCGUUUAUGACUCUGCAUAUGCGCUCGGUGGGACUGACCCUAACGGAAAUCGCAUUUAUCUACGCCAUUCUGCCUUUUGUAUCCUGCAUCGGUCCCCCGGUAUGUGGCUGGCUAGCCGACCGCAUCGGCAACUACCGUCUGGUCUUCGUGGGAUGCGUCAUCAUUAAUGUGAUUACACACAUGCUCAUCUGGUUCGGUGUCCCGUCAUCGGCGCCCCGCAGCAUCAUCGUGGCCAAUGUCACUCAGUUCCGAUCGGAUUUUGACUGCAGUCAGCCGGCCGCUUUCGCCGUCGGAUUGGGCCUCAACGAGACUUGCUCGGCAAAGUACAAGAUCACUGAGAAUCUGGUGUUCUUUACGAAAUGCACCACAACCUGCCUUCCCGAUGCACUUCCGGAAUUGUGCUUCCAACACGCAGACAACACCACAGAUUGCACCUUGUAUAAUUCCUUUGGUGUUUUGGAACUGCGCAACGGAUCGCUGUUUAACGCGUCCGGAGCGUUGCAGUUCAAGAGCUUCACAACAACCAAAGGCAAACAAGUCAACAAUAUCUUGUGCAAAUUAUCCAAUCCCUCGGCAAUGCGAACACAACAGUGCAAAGUGUUCUGCACCACUCAGGCUAAUUUGUCCAUCAGUUGUUUGUCGGAAAUUCCGGCCAGCCGCCGCCGGGAGACUAUUGCGCUGUACAUUACGUUUCGAUUUUUAGCGGGCAUUGCUAUGAGUGCACUUUCUCCGAUGUUGGAUGCACUGGCGUAUCAGAUGGCCAAAGAACAUCACGGCGAUUUGGGAUUUAAUCGGAUGUUCACUUUAAUCGGCAUGGCACUGACGCCGCCCAUAUCGGGAUUAUUAGUGGACAUUGCUACGCGCGAGUCCGGCUACGAAAAUUAUUCGCCGGCGUUCUACAUUUUUGGUAGCUUACUGACUGUCAGUGCGGUCAUUGCGUACUUCAUGUCACUGAAGGUGAAGAUGCCACAGGAGCACAUCAUUCGCUAUGUUAGCACAAUUUUGAAGAAUCCAAAGGUCAGCAUUUUUGUCCUGAUGAUGCUGUUUACCGGGAUGAUGUGGGGAUUUUUAGAAAAUUAUCUGUUCGUAUUCAUGAAGCAAAUUGGUUCGCCGCAGUGGCUUUUGGGAAUGACCAAUACGGUUUCAGCAUUGUCCGCAUUACCGGUUGUGGCGCUGUCCACGUAUAUAAUACGCGCUUUGGGACACACAAAAAUUGUCAUGAUGUGUUGUGUCCUGUACGGUAUUCGCUUUUUAUGCUAUUCUUUCACGUACGACCCUUUUCUUAUCCUUCCCGUGGAGAUCUUGGAAGCGUUCACGACGUCGCUGUUGUGGGUAGUGACAAGCGUGUAUUGCGGAAAGAUUGCGCCGGACUACGUGGCGACACUUCAAGGAAUCGUAAUGGGCGCUCAUGGAGCCAUAGGAAGGGGCACCGGAAGCCUCAUUGGAGGUAUCAUGUUUGAUUACCUGAAGCCACGACUGACUUACCGUAUUUGGGCCGGUGCUUGUGUUGCACUUGGUGGAUUUUACGCGGUUCUGCAUUACACCUGGUUGCGCCGAAUCAGGCACACCAAACCAGUUAUAACGAUAAACGGGCACUCUGCUGAUACAAGAGGAAAAGGUCAAGACGAUGACGAAAUUGCCCAGGACUUUGCUCAAACGGAAGCAUUAAUGCAGCCCGUAAUUGGUGCCAACCGAACAAUUCCAAUUUGGGAAGAGAAAAGAUGAAUGAAUGUUCCUUUUUGUUUAUUGUGCUCAAUUUCUAUGUGAAACUAUUGUGUCGACACAGCGCCGUCCAGCGGUAUACAGCAGAAAAUUAUGGGAUCUGAUAGUUAAUACAUAUAUCGCAUGUUACCUUUAUUCAUUUUACGUACAGAGUACUAGCGCUUUGACUGAAGUAAUGCAUAGAAAAACUGUACUUAUGUUACUGUAUUUGCUUGUGUUGGCAGAUAUAACAUCAUUUUUACAGCGAUCAAAUGUCCGAAAGUUUUUGUCUAUGCGAUAAGAAGCGACUUGGUUGGU